CGAUCCUACAUGCGUCUGACAGAAAAAGAAAAUGAAAACCUACCAGUAGAUGUAAGUUAUUUAAUACUGUUAUAGCUAGUUGCAUUCUAUUCUUUAUUAUAUUAUUUGAUAUUUUAUCUAUUGUAUUCAUUGUUCUGUUUGACUAAACAUACUUGACAAAUAUUUCAAAAGAAAAGUAUAGCUAAUGCUAUAUUGUUUUCAUUUUAUUUUGCAGAUUGUCUUACAGACUUUGUUAGCGUUUGUUCUGACCAUUUAUGGUAUAGUCCACAUCGCUGGAGAGUUUAAAGAAAUGGAUGCCUCCUCAGAGCUGAAAAACAAGUAAGCCUCCAUUUCAUAUCAGUUAUAGACUUGCCUAUAUGGAUAGCCCUAUAUUUUUAUUGACCCAUCUCACUGAAAACAUGAGUAUAGUUUAAACUUGACUCACUGCCCUCUUCCUGUUUUUUCAGGACAUUUGACACAUUGAGGAACCACCCAUCUUUCUACAUGUUCAAUCAUCGGGGUAGGGUGCUCUUCUGCUCCCCCGACCCAGAGGCUUCCGCCGUCCCGAACCCACAGGCCCUGCCCAACCCCCUGCGGCUACGCAAACUGGAGCAUUUGCACUGA